GCCCCGCCGCAGAGCCCGCGCGGCCCGCAGAGCGCGAGCGACGCAGGGGCCGGAGCCCCGCCGCCGCCAUCUCUGCCUUCUGUGUCUCCUUCCUACUUUGGAAACUGAAAGGACUGCGACAUAAACCAGUCUACUCUCUGAAGUAAGAUGAUUUGUCAAAAAUUCUGUGUGGCUUUCUUACAUUGGGAAUUUAUUUAUUUGAUAACUGCAUUUAACUUGGCAUAUCCAGUUACUCCCUGGAGAUUUAAGUUGUCAUGCAUGCCACCAAACACAACCUAUGACUUUUUCUUGCCUACUGGAAUCUCAAAGAACACUUCAAAUGUGAAUGAACAUUAUGAGGCAGUUGUUGAAGCUAAAUUUAAUUCAAGUAGUACCUACUUUUCUAAUUUAUCUUCCAAAACAACUUUUCACUGUUGCCUUUGGAGCAAGGAAGAUAAAAACUGUUCUGUACAUGCAGAUGACGUGGAAGGGAAGGCAUUUGUUGCAACAGUGAAUUCUUUAGUUUUCCAACAAAUAGGUGCAAACUGGAACAUACAGUGCUGGACGAAAGAGGACUUGGAAUUAUUCAUCUGCUAUAUGGAGUCACUAUUUAAGAAUCCUUUCAAGGCUUAUGACCUUAAGGUCCAUCUUUUAUAUGUUCUGCCUGAAGUGUUAGAAGAGUCCCUUCCGGUCCCCCAGAAGGGCAGUUUUCUGACUGUUCAGUGUAACUGCAGUGUUCGUGACAGCUGUGAAUGCCAUGUGCCUGUGCCCACAGCCAAACUCAACCACACUCUUCUUAUGUAUUUCAAAAUCACGUCUGGUGGAGUAAUUUUUCAGUCACCUAUGAUGUCAGUUCAGCCCAUAAAUGUUGUGAAGCCUGAUCCACCAUUAGGUUUACAUAUGGAAAUCACAGACACUGGCAAUUUAAAAAUUUCUUGGUCCAGCCCAACAUUGGUACCAUUUAAACUUCAAUAUCAAGUGAAAUAUUCAGAGAAUUCUUCAACAAAUAUGAGAAAAGCUGAUGAGAUUGUCUCAGCUACAUCUCUGCUGGUAGACAGUGUGCUUCCUGGGUCUUCAUAUGAAGUUCAAGUGAGGGGCAGGAAACUGGAUGGCCCAGGACUCUGGAGUGACUGGAGCGCCCCUCUGAUCUUUACCACACAAGAUGUCAUAUACUUUCCACCUAAAAUUCUGACAAGUGUCGGGUCUAACGUUUCUUUUCACUGCAUUUAUAAAAAUGAAAACAAGAUUGUUUCCUCAAAAAAGAUUAUUUGGUGGAUGAAUUUAGCUGAGAAAAUUCCUCAAAGCCAGUAUCAUGUCAUGGGUGACCAUGUUAGCAAAGUUACUUUUCGCAGUUUGAAGGCAACCAAACCUCGUGGGAAGUUUACCUACGAUGCAAUAUACUGCUGCAACGAGCAUGAAUGCCACCAUCGCUAUGCUGAAUUAUAUGUGAUUGAUGUCAAUAUCAAUAUAUCAUGUGAAACUGAUGGGUACUUAACUCAAAUGACUUGCAGAUGGUCAACCAAUGCAAUCCAAUCACUCGUGGGAAGUACUUUGCAGUUGAGGUAUCAUAGGAGCAGCCUUUACUGCUCUGAUGUUCCAUCUAUUCAUCCCAUAUCUGAAUCUAAAGAUUGCCAUUUGCAGAGAGAUGGUUUUUAUGAAUGCGUAUUUCAGCCAAUCUUUCUAUUGUCCGGCUAUACAAUGUGGAUUAGAAUCAAUCACUCUUUGGGUUCACUUGACUCUCCACCAACGUGUGUUGUUCCUGAUUCUGUGGUGAAACCACUGCCUCCAUCCAGUGUGAAAGUGGAAAUUACUGUAAAAAUUGGAUUAUUGAAAAUAUCUUGGGAAAAGCCAGUCUUUCCAGAGAAUAAUCUUAAAUUCCAGAUUCGCUACGGCUUAAGUGGGAAAGAAGUACAGUGGAAGAUGUAUGAGGUGCAUGAUGCAAAAUCCAAUUCUGCCAGCGUCCUGGUGCCAGAUCUGUGUGCUGUCUAUGCUGUUCAGAUGCGCUGUAAGAGGCUGGAUGGGCUGGGAUAUUGGAGCAAUUGGAGUAGUCCAGCCUACACAGUUGUCACAGAUAUAAAAGUUCCUACCAGAGGACCUGAAGUUUGGAGAAUAAUUAAUGAAGACACCACUAAAAAGGAGAGAAAUGUUACUUUACUUUGGAAGCCUCUGAUGAAAAAUGACUCAUUGUGUAGUGUAAGAAAAUAUGUGGUAAAACAUCAUACUUCCCGCAAUGGAACAUGGUCAGAAGAUGUGGGAAAUCAUACUCAAUUCACUUUCUUGUGGACAGAGCAAGCACAUUCUGUUACAGUUCUGGCCGUCAAUUCAAUUGGUGCUUCUUUUGUGAAUUUUAAUUUAACAUUCUCAUGGCCUAUGAGCAAAGUAAAUACCGUGCAGUCACUCAGUGCUUAUCCUUUAAACAGCAGUUGUGUGUUUCUUUCCUGGAAAUUAUCACCCAGUGAUUACUCUCUGAUGUAUUUUAUUACUGAGUGGAAAAUUCUUAAUGAAGACAGUGAAACUAAAUGGCUUAGAAUCCCUUCAUCCGUUAAGAAGUAUUAUAUUCAUGAUCAUUUUAUUCCCAUCGAGAAGUAUCAAUUCAGUCUUUACCCAGUAUUUAUGGAAGGAGUGGGGAAACCGAAGAUAAUUAAUAGUUUUACCCCAGAUGAUAUUGAAAAACGCCAGAAUGAUGCAGGUCUAUAUGUAAUUGUGCCAAUAAUUAUUUCCUCUUCAAUCUUAUUGCUUGGAACAUUAUUAAUAUCACACCAAAGAAUGAAAAAGAUGUUUUGGGAAGAUGUUCCAAACCCCAAGAACUGUUCCUGGGCACAAGGACUUAAUUUUCAGAAGCCAGAAACGUUUGAGCAUCUUUUUGUCAAGCAUACAGAAUCAGUGAUAUUUGGUCCUCUUCUUUUGGAGCCUGAAGCCAUUUCAGAAGAUGUCAGUGUUGACACAACAUGGAAAAAUAAAGAUGACAUGGUGCCAACAACUAUGGUCUCUCUACUUUUGGCAACUCCGGAUCUUGAAAAGGGUUCUAUUUGUAUCAGUGACCAGCACAACAGUGCUGACUUCUCUGAGCUUGAGAGCAGCGUGGUAACCUAUGAGGAUGAAAACAGGAGACAGCCCUCUGUUAGAUAUGCUACCCUACUCAGCAGCUCUAAAUCAAGUGACAUUGAUGCAGAGCAAGGGCUUAUACACAGUUCAGUCAGCAAAUGCUUCUCUAGCAAAAAUUCUCUGUCCAAGGAUUCUUUCUCUAACAGCUCAUGGGAGAUAGAAACCCAGACAUUUUUUAUAUUAUCAGAUCAGCAUCCCAAUAUAAUUUCACCACACCUUCCGUUCUCAGAAGGAUUGGAUGAAUUUUUGAAACCUGAGGGAAAUUUCCCUGAAGAAAAUAAUGGUGAGAGGUCUGUCUAUUAUUUAGGGGUCACCUCAAUCAAAAAAAGAGAGAGUGGUGUGUUUUUGACUGAUGAGUCACAAGUGUUGUGUCCGUUCCCAGCCCAUUGUUUAUUCACUGACAUCAGAAUCCUCCAGGACACUUGCUCACAACUUGUAGAAAAUCAUUUCAGUUUAGGAACUAAUGGUCAGAAGACUUUUGUAUCUUACAUGCCUCAGUUUCAGACUUGUUCUACUCAGACUCGGAAGAUAAUGGAAAACACAAUGUGUGACCUAACUGUCUAAUUUCAUUCAAGAAACAUCUCAGAUGUAUGUUACAGUGAAUCAUAUGAAGUGUAUGUAAUACAGUCCACCAUGGUUGUGGAUAUGGGAGAGGAAGGAAAACUGUCAGAGUCAAACUUGAAAGUGAGUGUUUCCAAAUUAAAGGUAUCUGUCAUUGCUCAGUAAUAUUGACAAAAAAUGAGAGAAAGUCUUCAAGAGCCCGGCAAUGUAGACUGACUCUUCUAAUGAUUUCAUUAACAAGCUACACUAGGAAGAUCUCCAAUGGCUUGUUUCUAGCUAGAAAUGAACCCAACAAAUACCAUCUUUGGCGAACAUUAGACCUGUGUAGAAAGAGCUAAUCUUCUCGAUUAUAUCUAAGUUUGAAAGACACUGUGGGAUGUAACUUGUUUCAAGGGUAUGGUUGUUUUAUCUUGAGUUGUCUUUGUUUUCAACUGAUUAACACACACACACACACACACACGUCUAUACAUAAGAGGCAUCCUCGUACAUUUUUGAAGUAUGUGAUGUAUUUGUGCCACUUGACUGUGUGAUUUUAAGAUUUUGCAAUUUAACAAACUUGCCUUGAGCACUUACUCUGUGGUAGGCAGUCCGCUAAAUGUUGCAGAUUUAGAUCUGGCCUGGGGGAUAUACUUCUGAAGACUGACAAGUAAGCUGAUCUUUAUAUAUCGAAUAUAACCAUGCAAUGAUACUACCUAUCAGAAUGGCAGUACUAGAAUACAAACAGUAUUUUGAUGACAACAAAAGCAUUUUGAAAACAUAAUGUGUGUCUUAACGCUUCCCUAUAAAAGAUGUUGCAGUGGUUGCUUUCUGAUACAGUUAGAUGACUAAAUGCUACUGUAUAUCACUCUGGAAUUAUUGUCUUCCCUGAUUCCAACUUGCUUGUACACUUUUUUUUUCUCACUUCUCUUUCAUAUAACCACCCACUGUGUUAAAGAUUUCCAUAUUUUAUCUCAAUCAAUUAUUAAAAUAAUUGUAUGAGACAUGUACUGCUAUAACACCCUUAUUAAAGAUUAGAAGAUUAAGUAAUUUUCCCAAGGACACAGAGUUAGUGUAUAAUGGAACCAGAAUCCAGAUUUAAACCGAGAUCUUUUAAUGCUAGUGAUUAUGUUUUAAACCUAUACCUUACGUUGCCAUCCAUUAAAAAAAUGACUCACAAGCAGAUAAAAUUUGUUAAGUGGAUAUAUAAUGCUGGGUGAAAAUGAAGUGAGAAUUACACAGAUGUUGUUUUUGCCUUUAAAGACUUUAAUAUUUCUUGUUUGUUUCAGUUUUUGGUAUGGCAAGAAAGCUCCGAGACAGCAUUUUGAGCAACAAACUAAUCAAGAAACCUGCAGAGAUAGAUGUUGAGUGUCAAUAAAUCAGAAUUUCAAGAUGAUCAGUAUAAUCAAAAUACAUACUUUAGUACUCAGAAAUAUGCCUAUUAGAUUGCUAAGCAUCACCAGUUUCAUACUUGGCCUGAGAGAGGAUCCUGCUGAUUUUACUGUUACCCUAGAUAAAAUCCUACACUCCAUCUCUAUUCUAGUUGUGGCCAUAUGAAAUGAGAAGUUCUAGACAGUGACAAAGAUCUCAGGGCCCAAACAACAGGUAUUUUUUUUCACACUUCAUGAUCAUUUGCCAAUUCGAAAUCAAUAAAGUUGUUUCAUGCCAUAAGGAUUGUUGAGAUAUCUCAGGAUCUCACAUACUCAUCAACAGAUAGGUGACUCACAAGAGAAUGGUAGAGGGCUCACAUCAACUCACUGAAUUAUGAGUGUGGUAUGAAAGCCUUAGUUCUAUACAAAGAUAAAUUGAGAGAAUACAUUUUUUUUUCACUGAUGUUUUAAGUGGUUUACAUAUUCAGAAACAGAAAGAAAUUAUUGCAUGUAUGGAAGUUCUGGCAAAAUUGACCAUUAUUUUUAAUGCUGCUCAUAGAAUAUAGAAGUUUAAUUGAGGAUGCAGUAUAGGAGAAUUACAUUUUGCUCCAUUCUGCAUAAAGUUAGAGAUUAAACAAUGAGCAUGUCCACUGAGACCCAACAGUCUCCUGUGGCCUGGGACCCAUGACUAUAUGACUAUGGGGAAGAGAAAGUGAUAGAUGUUCCAAACAGCCUAUGAUUUCACCAUGCUAUGUGUAUGUGGCAGUGAAUUUAGAAGUCCCAGCACCAGUGUAGUUCUGCAGGUCUGAGUUAAAGGAAUUUAGUAACAAUAUAUUAACGAGAUCAUUGACAUCCCGGUGCACAGUUCCAAAAACAAAUGAAAACAUCUCAAGUAGUGAAAUGCCAAGGGAGUUGUUUUCAUGGAGAGGGCUGAAUGGUAGAGUUUGGCCUAUUGGUAUAUAUAGAUUUAGAUCCUAUCUGUUGUCAGUGUGUUAGGGCUCUGAUUUUCACUUUUGAAAGUUUGUUUCACUGCAUAUAUCACUAUACAUUAUUGGGUCUUUAUGAAAAUUAUCUGUCAUUAAGUAGUGGGUUUUAAUAAAAAUAUAGGUAAGUUUAGAACAUUUUAUACUUCAGGAUGGUCUGAUAUUUUCCAUUUCUUUCCAAAGAUUCCUUAAAAAAUUUUUUUAAGGGAGAGAAGAGCUGAAAUAUGGAUUUGCACUUUUAAACUUAGGAUAAAUCUGGAAUUUGGAGUAUUUCUCUUAAGGCCUUGAAUUGCAACACAAGUUACCAGUCUCUCUAAAUCUGAACUUGAUGAAAAGAAAUUCAGAAGUUAAUAAUUUGGGAUAUGGCCUCAAGGUUCAACAUAAGACAAAUCACUUGUCAGGGUUAAUGAGAUUAUAUGUUUCCUUUGUUAAACCCCCCUAAAACGAAGAAAAAUCAAGGUGUGGUUAUCAGUAACAGCAGGGGCCUCCCACGGAGCCCUGUGUUCCCAUUUGGAGAUGGGCUACAUAUGGACAAGAGGAAUAGGAACAGGUAUUCUUUUAUUUUUAAGCCUCGUCUCAAGUAGUAAGAGGACUUGGAUGAAAUUUGCAAACCAGUGGGUGAUUCUGGACCUAUAAUAAGGUUUUAUGGCACCGAGCAUGAGCUGCGUUUAUCUUCUCUCUUCCCUUUCCAAUAAAACCAACUCCCUCUUUCCAAAUAUCAAACAUAUGGUCACAUUCCCUUAGGAAUAUUCACUUUGACUACACAAAUGCUGAGAGAAGAGAAACUUCCUUCACAAACUGAUGCCAGAUUCCAAAACUACUUUGGUUGGCAUGGGAUAUAGGCUAGGCCAUCAGAGCUGUGCCCAUGGGGACCACGUGGGGUUGGACAACGUGCUAAAUGGAUCAAGACAUGCUGCAACCAUAUGUCUCCUAGACAUGGAUGGAAAAAGACCUCUUUCAAAAUUCCUUCCUGUAGUUUUAAAAAGAAAUGUGCUCCACUGUUCAUCUUUUGAGGGUCAUCUUGAUAGUUAAGGACUCUUCUAAAGUAAUUAUUAUUGAGAAAACACACUGUCAGAUGUAAAACACAAAAUUGUCCACUCUACUAUGAAAAACUGCGUUUGAGGAAAAGAAUGCAAACAUAGUCACCAAAGAAAAUGUGAAGAAGCAUUUACAAAAGGAAACUAGAGAAGUCAGUAGUUUUGCCUUAUCUUGCACAACUAAAUUAAAACAGUAAAGCACGCCUGCACACAGUCACAAUGUUGGGGGGGGGGCAAUUUAGAAUACAAAGGUCUUCAUUAGAACUGAGUCAUGUUACUUGUUACUUGUAUGAGCAUCAAAAAUGGUUUCCAUGGGUGUUUAUAUUGAACAAAUUAUUUUUAUACAAAGUUUAUCAAUCAGUAUUUAUUUUGGAAAGCUGCUGAAGAUGUCUAUUUUUCAAAAUUAACUACACUUCAGAUGUUUGGCAUUAAAUUCAAUUUUGUGAGGCCCUUGACAGGAUAUUUUAAAUAAUGGUCAUUCCCUGGAACUGAGAAAGAAUUUGGAAAAUAUCUAAUUUUGUAGUGAAAUACCUAGAUUGCAGAUAUUGCACUUUAAAAACGUGUCAUUAAAGUUGGUAUCAGUUACUACUUUCUUUUAGUCACCAUUGGUACUUUAAUAAAUGUUAUAAGUGUUGAGAAUCAUUUUAUAAAAUGUAAUUAGUCUAAUUCUCCUUUAUGUUCCUAAAGUCAUAAAGAAGGAAGAUAAUUUACGACUGUGAAUAUUUUCAUUUUUUUAUCAUUAUAAGUCAUGAACGAUGUCAGAAUUUUAAGAAAUGGAAAGUCCAAAUAGAGUUAUUGUGUAUUUAAGUUAUUUUAGAAUUACUUCAUCUAUUGUAUGAUUGCUUUUAGUAAAGAUUUGAAAAUAUAAAGAAGUAGGGGCGCCUGGGUGGCUCAGUCGGUUAAGCGUCUGACUUCAGCUCAGGUCACGAUCUCGUGGUUCGUGAGUUCGAGCCCCGCGUCGGGCUCUGGGCUGAUGGCUCAGAGCCUGGAGCCUGUUUCCGAUUCUGUGUCUCCCUCUCUCUCUGCCCCUCCCCCGUUCAUGCUGUGUCUCUCUCUGUCUCAAAAAUAAAUAAACGUUAAAAAAAAAAUUAAAAUUAAAAAAAAAAGAAAAUAUAAAGAA